GUGACGUCAGGAAAGCGGUGGGCGGAGGCCAUGGGGAGUAGCAGGGGCUGCCGCGAGGCUCCGGUACGAGUGCCCGGGCCGGGCAGGGCAGGUUGAUUCUCCAUUGAGUCCAGCUUCCACCAACCCAUCCCACAUCUUUGGGGAGCCAUAUUCCCCCUUCUUUCUGCUCUGCUCCUUCCCUUUACCUUCCACUCCUCUGCAGCGCAGCAGGGAUGCUUGCAGUGGCACCGGAUCAGAGGGAAUAACUGCACCACUCCCCGGAUGACGUGAGCUGAAGCAGGCAAACACAGUGUCCUGCCAGCAGAGCUGUCUACACCAGGCCCUGUGUCCACACCUGGCCCUUUGUCAGAGCAGCUGGGUCAGCUGAGGGCUCCAGGAGGCCUUUGAGGACGUGGCGCUGUACUUCACCCAGAAUGAGUGGGAGCUGCUGGGAGAUGGAGACAAGGUGCUUUACCGGGACCAGAUGCUGAGGAAUUACCAAGCCCUUGUUUCUCUGGUAGCUCGUUGAGUUUCCCACUUGGUUUUCCUUAUGUGACUUAGUAUCACAGGAUACAUUUUCAGUGUCUGAUAUCAAGGUCCUGCACCAGACUUGAUCAGCCGCAUCCAGCGACAGGAGGUGGAGCUCUGGGUUUGUGAGGAAGAGAACCCUGGAGAAAGUGUGUGGACCGAGGGCCUGUCCUCAGAUUCCUCUGAUAUGGAGGACUCCUGGGACUUGUUGGCAGAGGAAAACUCCAUGGACUCAUUCCCCAGAACGAAGACUUCUGUGCAACUAGCAGGUGCCGGGAUGCUGAGCAGAGCUGAGCAGCAGCCUCCUGAGGAAGAGCCUGCAAACCCAGAGCUGGUUCCAGCCAGAAACCAGCUCCCUGGGCAGUGGGCACAGAGAGUAGCUGAGCCCCAAAUGAGCCCCAUGUGCAGGGAAAGAUUCCAAGGGCAGAGGGACUCAAGAAGCCCUGAGGGCAGCACUCCUAUGGGAGAGACAUUGUAUAUAUGUGGAGAGUGUGGUGAGAGCUUCAGGGGCCAACAAGAGCUCUGGGCACAUGAGGGGACCCACAGGAAAGAGACAGCCCACCCCAGUGCUGAGUUGGGAAAGAGUUUCUAUGAGUCCCAUCUCAUGGAGCAGCAGAGAACACAGUCAGAUGAGUGCCCCCACCUCAGUCUUGAUUGCAACAACAGCUUCAUUCAGCUAUCUCCGCUUGUCCAUGCUGGGCAGAAACCACACCGCUGUGCUCAGUGUGGAAAGAGCUUUCGGCAGAGGGCUACUUUGGCCCAGCAUCAGCGCAUCCACACUGGGGAGAAGCCCUAUCACUGUGGGGACUGUGGGAAGAGUUUUGGGCACAGCUCUGCUUUUGCCCAGCACCAACGUAUCCACACAGGGGAGAAGCCCUUUCACUGUGGGGACUGCGGGAAGAGUUUCAACCGCUCCUCCAACCUCCGUGCCCACCAGCGCCUGCAUGCCAAGGAAAAGUCACAUCCAUGCUCAGAGUGUGGGAAGACCUUCAGUAGUCCAUUGCGGCUCCGCUCCCACAUGAGUCUCCAUACAGGGGAGAAGCGGCACCCCUGUUCAGAUUGCGAGAAAAGCUUCAGUAGCCCAGCACAGCUGAGCGUCCACCGGCGUGUGCAUACGGGGGAGAAGCCCUACCAAUGCGCAGAGUGCGCAAAGACCUUUGCCCGCCCAGACCUCUUUCAGCUCCACCUGCGCGUGCACCGGGGGGAGAAGCCAUACCACUGCCCAGAGUGUGGGAGGAGCUUUGUACGCCCGUCCUUUCUUCGGGAGCACAUGCGCCUGCACACAGGGAACAAGCCCUACCAGUGUGGGGAGUGCGGGGCGAGCUUCCACUACCCCUCGCAGCUGCGCAUCCACGAAAGCCUACAUACUGGGAAGAAGCCCUAUGCCUGUGCGGACUGUGAAAAGAGCUUCAAUAGCCCAACCCAUCUCCAAGUGCACCAGUAUGUGCACACUGGGGAGAAGCCGUACCAUUGCGGGGAGUGUGGGAAGCGCUUCAACCGCCCAGCCUAUCUCCGUGUACACCAGCGCAUCCACACAGGGGAGAAGCCAUGCCUCUGCAGGGAGUGUGGGAAGAGCUUCAGGGAUCACUCUGCUCUCAACAAGCACCAGCGAACCCACCGACCAGCCCCUUGCCAUUGACACGGGUUGUCUUGUGCAAGCUCUCACAUCAGCUUUCUCCCUGCACUCUGGGCGGGGUUUACAAAACACUAAAUGGUGAAGAGAAAGUCACUAGGGAUUCAUUAUUGACUGUCUCUCACCAGACAAGAACAAAGGGUUACCACAUGAAACUAGCGGGCGGUCGGUUUUAAAACUAACACAAAGAAGUCCUCCCCCCCCAAGCAUAUCAUUAAAGUGUGGAACUCAUUGCCGCCAGAUGUGGUGGAAACUGAGAGUUUAGCCAGAUUCAAACAGGGAUUGGACACAUUCUUGGAGGAAAGGGGCAUCAGGAGUUAUUGAGCACAGGGGUUAGGAAUACAGCCUCUGAAUCAGAACUUCCUAGACCUUAAAUUGUGGAGGCUGCAAGUGAGAGGAACAGUAGAAAAAAACCCUGAUCAUACCCAGUACAUUUUCGUUUUUAGUAUCCACUCUCUGCUGCUGUGUGACAUAGGAGAUUGGGCAAGAUGGACCUGUGGUCUGACCUAGGAAAUGGCAAUUCUUAUGUGCUAUAAAAUGGGGUUGGGGUGAGGUCUGGUACCUGACCUGAAUUCCCCCCACCUUUGCAUUUUGCCGGAUUUGGCCUUGAGAAUGUGAGUGUUUUCCUAGGAGUCUCCUAAAUGUGUUGUAGUUGGGGUUUGGGCCCACAGCAGAAAGCGGGCUCAGGUCUGUUUUUCAGGGGCUUGGCUUCUUCCAGGUUGAUUGCUCAGGAGUCUUAUAAAUGUUUUGUAGUUGGAGUUUGGGCUGCAGCUGGAACAGAAGAGACAAGUGGGCUCAGCUGUAUCAGGGGUUCCUUCCAGCUUGGUUGCCCAUGUUGUACUUAAGGGUGCCCUUUGGCAUUGCCCAAAGCAGGGAUUGAGAAGCAUUCUUUUGCUUUGGGGAAUUUAGCACUGGUUUUGUUGGGGGAGGGAGAAGAGUUAGGGGUGCUUUUUUGGGGAGUUGGUAGAGGUGUUUUUGGGGAGGUGACAACUGAAGCUUCGCUUCAGGAGAGUUGAAAGAAACACUUCGGGGAGGGGAUAUGGGAUCUCCCCUGAGCUUGAGGCAAGGUUCUGCAAAUGGGCGGGAGGGAGGGAGUGUCAGGGAUUGUAGGGAUGGGGUUCAGAAAGUGUCUUGUAUCUGGAUGGGCAUUGCAGCUGGGAGGUAUAGUUGUGUUGGCUGGCGGGGUGGUUAACUGUGUGCAGGGUGAUGGGGAGUUGGGAGUUCUCACAUGUUGUUUGGGGAGUCCUGUUUUAAGGUAAGCCUCACUGAGACUUUUGACUAGGACAGGAUAUAAAGGAAAUCAGUAAAGAGCUGGAGUCACUCCAGCCAGGCAGGGGGUUUUCCCUGCGAGUCACUGCCUGAAAUUCAGCUUCCCCAGGAGAGAUUCCGGCUGCCUGCUCUAUGGAGUGUCCACAGUGCAGUGAUAAUGUCAGUGCUCUUGUGUAGACAGCCUAGGGCAGCAGAGGAGGGAGCUGCACCACUUUCCUUGAUGAUGUGAGUUGAAGCAGACAAACACUUCUCUGCCUUCAGGCACUUUGCUGGAACAACUGGGUCAGCUGGAGGAUGGGAAAUUCCAUAUCCCUACCUGACCUAACCAUUCUGGAAAAACAUCAAUGUUUCCAUCACCUGUUCCACUCUUCUUUUCCCUUUCUAAUUGCCUUAAAAUACUCCAGAUGAUAACCUGCUACUUCCUCAGCACCCCUGACACCCCCGAAGCCCCUCCAUCGUCUUCCCCUCUGUCCCAGCAUCCCUGAUUCUUUUCACAACCCCUGCUCCUCACACCCUCAAAGUCCACUUAAGCCCAUCUUCCUCACUGCCCCAGCACCCCAACCAUUCCUCUAUGCUGCACCUCCCCACAGUGAGCUUGGCCUGAGUGGGGUGAAUAGUUUCUCAGACUCAGGACCGAGCACAUAUAGGGAGGAUGUGGUGUAUGCUUGGGGACACAUUAUAGCCAUUGCCAUCUCCCCUGACCUUAGCAGAGGAGAGUAGAGUGGACAUGGGGGUUGGACUGGUACAGACUGGGGGAGAGGCUUUGCCUUAUGUAGUAAGAGCACAGCCUCUACCUGGGAUCUCUGGAGCAUAUAUUAACCUUUUGCAGCAGCAGUACAUUGGCUACUCUGGUUCCCCUGCUUUACCUGUGGCAGGUUUAGGUGUGAUGUCUUGUGUUUGGGUUGAUGGUAGUUCUGCAAAGCAUUUAGGUGAUGGAUUUGUAUAGGAUGGUUUGGAUAGAGAUGACCCUGCCUCAGGCAGGGGGUUGGACUAGAUGUGACCUCUGGAGGUGCCUUCCAGCUUGGCUUCUUUACAAUCCUAUGACAUAUGUAUAUAAAGAAAUGUUAGGAAUGUGUCUGGUGGGGGGGGGGGGGGGUAGAACCACUUAUGGGGAGACUGGGAUUUAUUUGAGGUAUCUGUGGGGAGCAGGAAACUGCAGAAUGCAUAAUCUUUGCAGUGAUAGGUUUGGAUUGGUGUCGCAGUGUGGAUGCUUGGGGGAUGGGGAGCUCUAGGGGGUCCUGGUGUGGCUUCAGAGGCCAUGAAGACUUAACAAAGAGUGGGAGGCAUACAAGGAUCUUUGAUCACAUUUGUAGGAUUGGUCUCUUCAUUGGGGCUUUUCUCUGCUGUCUUUUUUUAAUCUGCAUCCUCCAGCAUAGACUUUUCUUCGCUCCCCCAUUUUUUCUCUGGGAAACAUUUUCCAUGCAUCUCCUGGCUGUUUCUUUGGCCAGUGUCAGAAGCAUCUUUUGAAGAAAUUCACUUCAAUCUUUGUUACAAAUACAACUCGUUCUGCAUAUUGGAGUCAUUCAUGCAGGAUCCAGUCCUAGAACUCAAGGGACAGGACGGCUCAUGGUGGGAGAGAGCAAAGGGCCUAUUAUUGCUCAGGUGUGCUGAAACUUUGAAUGCUAAUUUUUAUUUCUUCUGCAUUUCCUCUGAACAGUUUCUGACAAAAUCCUUUAUGGCUAAACACUUGGGGGUAUCAUUUUCUUUUCUUUUUCUUCUUUGUUUUUCUUUUUUCUCUUUUUUUUCUUUCUUAGUUUCUUUCUUUUCUUCUUUUUUUUUUUGGGGGGGGGUGGGGGUGUCCCAAAGAGGUCGUUCUUUUAAGAAGAUGAAGAAGCUUUCUUUCCAGACACCAUAACCCAGAAUAUUGGAAAAGGUUCAAACGAGAUGCAUCGAUUUUUACAUGUGUCUUUCUUGGAAAAAUUAGGUCCUUUUUAUUUUAUCUUUAUCAGAGAAAUAGUUUCCCUGAAAACUAAAUUGAAGAACAAUCAUUGUAAAAAUCAAUCGUCAUGGAUUGCUUGUCUAAAUAUCAGAACUAUGUGACCCAAGGUACCAUGUUCCAUAAAAUAGUUUUUUUUAGACUCCAGAAAA